AUGAUACCAGCCCCACACCAUCCCCCCCAGACUCACCUCCACACCACACCAUCCCCCCAGACUCACCUCCACACCAUCCCCCCAGACUCACCUCCACACCACACCAUCCCCCCCAGACUCACCUCCACACCACACCAUCCCCCCCAGACUCACCUCCACACCAUCUCCCCAGACUCACCUCCACACCAUCCCCCCCAGACUCACCUCCACACCACACCAUCCCCCCCAGACUCACCUCCACACCACACCAUCUCCCCAGACUCACCUCCACACCAUCCCCCCAGACUCACCUCCACACCACACCAUCCCCCCAGACUCACCUCCACACCAUCCCCCCCAGACUCACCUCCACACCAUCCCCCCCAGACUCACCUCCACACCAUCCCCCCCAGACUCACCUCCACACCCUCCCCCCCAGACUCACCUCCACACCCUCCCCCCCAGACUCACCUCCACACCCUCCCCCCCAGACUCACCUCCACACCCUCCCCCCCAGACUCACCUCCACACCCUCCCCCCCAGACUCACCUCCACACCCUCCCCCCAGACUCACCUCCACUAGGCCCCACACCCUCCCCCCCACUCACCUCAACUAGGCCCAACACCAUCCCCCCCAGACUCACCUCCACUAGGCCCAACACCAUCCCCCCCAGAUUCACCUUCACACCAUCCCCCCCAGACUCACCUCCACUAGGCCCCACACCAUCCCCCCCCAGACUCACCUUCACACCGCCCCCCCAGACUCACCUCCACUAG